UAAAGCAGGAGGUGGGCGGGGCUAUUCGGUGGCAGCGUACGGUUGCCAUGUCACUAACAGCUUCCGGUUUGUGUCGCGUGCCGCCUUCAUGCAGCGGGAUUCCUGUUGAUCCCUAUACACACCCGGGGUCUGGCCAUUGCUCCAAGUAAAGAUGGCGGCCGGUGAUCAAGAUAGCAGGGAACUGAGUUUGAUGGAUAAACAGAUCACAAGUUUGCUGGAUAUUAUCCUGAAUACCCACCUUAUGUCAGUCAAUCUGCACUGCAAUCAGAUCUCCAGGAUCGAGGGACUCUCGCACCUCCACAGGUUACGGCAUCUGGACUUGUCAUCCAACCUUAUCUUCAGAAUUGAAGGCCUGGACUCUCUGAUAAGUUUGCAGAGCUUGAAUCUGUCCUGUAACAGGCUCACGUCAAUAGAAGGGCUGCAGAACUUAUUAAAUCUGAAGAAAGUGAACGUCUCCUAUAAUCGUAUACAUGACCUGAGUGGAUUAGUUCUUCUUCAUGGACAGAAUCACAAACUUAGUCACUUGUAUCUCCAUAGCAACUGCAUUAGCAGCAUAGACCAAGUAAUACACAGCAUGAUGGGAUUGCACUCCUUAGCACACCUUACAUUAGAGCAGGAUGGUAAAAACAACCCUGUUUGUUAUACAGAAGGAUACAGAGAUUUAAUUCUUGGAAACUUGCCACAAUUAAAAGCCCUUGAUGGUAUAAGUAGAUCUGGUGAAUCUGUUAUUGGAUUAGAUAUAGAUUCAGUAGACUUGCCUAAUCUGGAGUUCCUGGAAUAUCUGAUUUCAUGUGACAGUGACACAGUAGACAAAGACCUAAAGGAUUCUACAAGUGUUCCAGUUGCAACACCUCAAAUUGAUAAGGUUUUAUCCCAGUACCGAAAACUACCUGUUACCUCUGGCUCGGGAUAUAAAAGCACUUGUACAGAUGUAACUUCGUCCUCUGAGCAAGAAUUUAUUCAGAAUCAAGUUGCCAUUAACAUGCUGCGAGAAAUGAGGAUUAAGAAGUUAGAAGAUCAGAUAUCAGAACUUCUGAAGAAGUCUUCCAAUUCCAAAACCGAUCGGGAAGAAAAGAUACUGAAACCUAAGAGAGACACUGACCUGACUACAGAAAGCGACUGUGAAAGCAGCAAAGAAAAUAUGAAGACGUCUGUUACAAAAAGGAGCAAAAUUCCUAGCUCUCGAAAGAACAGCCAUGCUGUGAAGAGCCAGAAUCGUCCAAAAAGCAUAACGAAGUCUGUAAGCAGUGUACCACGGUAUAACAUCGCAAGGAAAGCGCAAAGUCCACUUGGGAAAGAUGAAAAUCCAAGCAGCAUGUCUUCAGACAGAGUAGACAACACAGAAGCCAUCAAGACCAAACUUUCAAGAUCUUCAAGAUCUCCAGUGAGGAUAAGAGAUACGGCAAUAUCCAGUACUCAACCAGUAGAGGAAUCCACAUACAGGGCACUCGUUCAGGAACUGGAUCAGGAGCGAGAGCGAAGAUGGAAAACUGAACAACUCGUAAUGAAGUUAACAGAGAAUAUCAAAGAGUUACAAAGCCAGGCGAAGGAAGAGAAAGACAUUAACAGCAUGGCCAUGUACACUACUGACCGAAUUAAAGAAAUACUUUUAAAGGAAAAAACUGCCAAAUGUACCUUGCAAGCGCUUAUUCACCAACUAAAAGAGGAGAAUGAAAGGCUGGCGGAUGAGAUAAAACAAUUUGCUAGUAGGGAAGAUGACUACCAAAGAACAGUCAAAAAGUUGGAAGAUGCAAUGUCCAAACUAGAAACUCGAGGAAUACAACAAGAAGCAUUAGAGAUGAAACACAUGCAAGAAACUGAACGGAAAGUGUCUGCCACCCAAAGAGAAAAUGAGUUGCUUCGAGCAUCUUUACGUCAGCACAAAGAUAAAGUGCAGCAGCUCCAGGACCUUCUUACCUCAAGGGAGCAGGCGCACAGAAAAGAGUUUGAUACAAGAGUGCCACUCAAUGGGCCUGAGUUUCAAGAAGCUGUGGCCAAGGAGGUGUCCAGAGCGGAACGUUUCCAUAAUCAGCAGAUGAAGGAGUUUCAGGAGAAAAUGAAUGUGCUGUCACAACAAUAUAAGGAUCUAGAAGAUGAAUUUCGUGCCGCUCUUAUUAUUGAAUCAGGAAGAUUUAAAGAGGUUAAAGAUGGCUUUGAUACUGUCACCUCAGAGCUAGCAGAGCAUAAGGAAGCACUCUCUCACAGCCGCCUCAAAGAGAAGCAGUCUGCAAGUUUAAUUCAGGAGCUCACCACCAUGGUAAAAGAGCAGAAGACCAGAAUAGCAAACAUCACUAAAGCCAAGCAAGAAACUAUCGGCUCACUGAAAAGCAAAAUACACAACCUGGAAAUGGUGGCGGAGGAAGAAAAACGGAAAACUGUUCAGAUUGAGCUGCUGAAGAAAGAGAAAUCCAAACUUAUUUCACAGCUCACAGCCCAAGAGUCCCUGAUCGAUGGAUUAAAAGCCGAAAGGAAAAUCUGGGGACAAGAGCUAACUCAGCAAGGUGUUGCAUUGGCCCAGGACAGAGGAAGGCUGGAGGCAAAAAUAGAAGUCCUUUCUACAGAGAUAGAAACGUUGAAAAAGCAAAAUGAACGAGACAAUGAUGCUCUAAGAAUCAAAAGUAAAAUGGUGGAUGAUCAAACUGAAACCAUCCGGAAACUCAAAGAAGGAUUGCAGGAAAGGGAUGAACGCAUAAGAAAACUACGUGCAGAAAAUUUGGAUAUGGAGAAGACGUUUCGGGUGCAAAACGAUGAAAGGGCAACACAAUUGCAGGAGCUGAAAGAGAAGCUGGAAAAGCAGACUGGCAGAAAGGAGGAAUUCAAGCUUGAGCUGGAGGAGAAGGAGGCCGAGCUGCUGGAUGUGAAGAAAGCUUACAGUGCAAUGAAUAAGAAGUGGCAGGAUAAAGCAGAAUUACUAAGCCAGCUUGAAACACAAGUCAGGAAGAUGAAAGAGAAUUUCGAUGCCAAGGAAAAGAAGCUGAUUGAAGAGAGAGACAAAAGCCUUCAAAACCAUAAGGUUGUGAUGGAAAAGCUUCAUUCUGUGGAUGACGCAUUCCGGAGGCAAUUAGAAUCCAUUUUGGCUGCUCACCAGGCAGAGCUUGUUAAAGUGGCAAGUGAGAAGCAAAAGGAAAUAGAUGCAGCCAAUGAAAAAGUUUAUCAAGUAGAAGAAGAAAUGCGCCAGCUCCUCCUAGAAACUGCGAACAGUAAGAAAGCCAUGGAAGAGAAGAUCAAGCGGCUUACUGGUGCAUUAUGUGACAUUCAAGCAGAUUUGUAGCUAUUGACUGAGCGUGGCACUGAAUUUAGUAUUACAUCUGUUCAUAGGUGUGUUGAUAACUUAGGUCACAUUCAACUCAUUCAGGAGUUUAGAUUUGACUAGUCUUGUUGUUGUUGUUGUUGUUGUUGUUUUGCUUUUAAAUUAUAACUUUAGUCUGUUGAUAUUUUUGAUUUGUGUAUUUUUUUGUGUAUAUACACUGAUAAAAUGUGUUUUAUAGACUACACAAUGUGAAAAUUGCUAAAAUAUGAAGUGAACCUUCACCCUUGGAGCCACUUUAUCUGAAAUGUUAGGGAAUUGUGCACUAUUUCCUAAUCCACGGUCUCCACAUAGCACAAGGGGUAUAGAAAAAACAUCAAUUUUCAACAGGUAUAAAGGAAGAUGACAACUUAAUGCAUCACUGUGUCAGAUAUAUCAGUAUAGACAGGAGUAAAAUAAAAAUACUAUUAAGCAGGUACAAGACCUCUCGGGGAGCCCAACAAGCAUUCUCUAGUCUAAGACCUCCUUUCUGCCAUAUACAGUAUGUAAGUCAUCAAAUAAGGAUAAGGAGGGCGAGGCCUGGGGUAUUCCAACCACAACACCCAAACAGUGUCAAAUUUACUCUAGACACCCCACUCCACACCUUAUAUUCCUGUAGCAUAGGAGUGACUGUAUCUUUCCAGUGCCAUUAAACAAUUUGCAGGAUCUAUUGUGAGGCAACCCGAAUUCCUGCUGAAAAAGAUUUCUUAUUUUAGUCUGGUUUACCCGCACUAUAACGCUAUGUAUUGGGUUUAUUGUGGGUGAACAGACUGUCAGUUUUGCCUUAAUUGACAAUAGAAUGCCAGCCAAAAUUCUGUCUAUAUUGCAGUAAGCUACCGUAUAUACUCGAGUAUAAGCCAAGUUUUUCAGCACGAUGUUUUGUGCUGAAAACACCCCCGUCGGCUUAUACUCGAGUGAACUCUCCGCCUGUCAAUCUCCAGAUGUUGCAAAACUACAACUCCCAGCAUGCCCGAACAGCCAUCGGCUAUCCAGGCAUGCUGGGUG